CCACCUCUUACUUUGUCUGUUUCACAACUGAACCAGUACCAGGUGGCUACUCUUCUUGCUUCUUCCAAUCCCGGCGCUUCUCUCUCUCAAAGCUGUGCACUUUUGGUUGGCUGGCUGUUUUUGUCUUGGUUUCUACUAGUUUCUACUACAAACACUGGUUCCUACUUGAUGGAAUUUUUCUUUUAUUAGUUUUUGACUCUUUAAUUUCCUCAGGUCAGAAAAGCUUUUUUCCACUCCAGUCAUGGAUACUAAUUCACUUCUUAAGGAUCAGAAAGAAAAACCACGUCUUCUUGCUGAGGUUCCUCAUUUAGAAAAACAGCUGUGGACACUAGUCCAUACGAGAGGUCUUUUAUACUCCAAUGUUCAAGACUUGUAUCGAAAAAUAUGCUCUAGUUAUGAGAAAUUAAUUCUCAGUGAUCACAGACUGGAGGAGCUUCAAGAUACUGAAUAUUCUCUGUGGAAGCUUCACUAUAGACAUAUUGAUGAAUUUCGUAAACGAAUAAAGAAAUUUUCUGCUGACAGGGAGACUAUAACGUUUGUGACACCACAAAGUAAGAUGGCUGCACAGAGAAGCAGUGACAACCAUGUUGAUGGAUUUAAAUCAUUUCUGUCUGAAGCAACUGAAUUUUAUCAAAAUCUUAUCUUCAAAAUCAAAAGAUAUUAUGGUCUCCCAGAGGAUUUUUCCUUCCAUAGAAGUGGUGGCAAUUCUGCUUCCCCUGAGCCCAACAAAAUGCAGAAACUACAAUUUUUAUGCCAUCGCUUUUUAGUUUGUCUGGGAGAUCUUGCUAGAUACAGAGAACAAUGUGAAAAAUCUGACACACAGAACCACAAGUGGUCAGUUGCAGUUGCUCAUUACUUGGAAGCAACAUUAAUUUGGCCCGACAGUGGAAACCCCCAAAAUCAGUUGGCAGUGUUGGCAACAUAUGUCGGUGAUGAGUUCCUGGCUUUGUACCACUGCAUAAGAAGUUUAGCUGUUAAAGAUCCUUUCCCUGAUGCAUGGAAUAACCUUAUUUUACUGUUUGAAAGAUUCUCAGUUGAUUUUGUGGUUUUCCAGAACAGGUCAUCUCAUUUACAUUACCUUUCUAGUGAGGCCUGCUUUGAUUUCUUACGACCAUCUGAAAGUAGCGUCUGUACUGAAGCACAAUCCACUAAUGAUUUUUCGAAUUGCAAGCCUUUGAAAGCUGAAGAUGAAGGCUCAAGGGAGACACAUUUAUGGCCUCUAAUCAUUAGAACAAUAAGUUUCUUCUUCAUAAAAUCCAGUUUUGAGGACUUUCCUUGUACUUUUGCAUCUACUAUUAAAGAGCUGGAUGUGUUGAUGGCACUAGAUGAUGCAACGUUAAAAGCUGCAAUGGAGUCAUAUCAGCAUAUGAAUUCAGCCAGGAGUGGUCCUUUUAGAACCCUUCAAUUUAUCUCAUUACUCAUCUUUGUCAUUGAGAAUCUAAUAAAUAUCCCAGAUGAAAAAGAUUCAAAGGGUAAAACUGAAGUCCAUCAAAUUGCAUUAAUACAAGCUGCAGUGGCUGCUUCAUUCAUUUUCAUGGGACGUCUUACUGAUAGAUGUUUGAAGGCAGAUUUGUUGGACUCUUGCCCACUUUUACCAGCUUUGCUUGUUUUUGUGGAGUGGUUAGUGCGUAUUCUUGAUGAACUCAAAAAACAUGGAUCUGAUGAUAAAAGUACAAGUGCUAUGUCUUAUUUCUUUGGAGUGUUUCUUGAACUUUUGAAUCAGUUUGACAUUAACAGUGGUGAAGUCAAGCCUCCACACAGUAUUGCUCUUUGGGAAGACUACGAGUUGAGAGGCUUUGCACCAGUAGCUCAUUCGCAGGUGCCAUUAGAUUUUACAAGUCAUUGGGGACACAGAGACAGUUUUGAAACUGGAACUCGAUACCGUGUGAAUCGCAUCAUUGAUGCUGCAAUGAAGAUUGCAGAUAGAACAAACAGUAGUCCCAAGUGGAUCGUCUAUGACAAAUCUGGAAGUAGAUUUUCUGUUGCUGAAUCAAAUAAAUUUCAAGACAGGAAAGAGUUGGAAAAGAUGGGGUCUGCUAGUACUGUUGUUCAAGAGAAAGAUCCCAACCAGCAAAUUUUACAAUCAACAGAAAAAAGUGAGAAGGUAAUCCUUGAGGAGAAACCAAGUAGCCCUGUUGUGAAUGGAAAAUCCAUUUCCUUAGAGGAGGAAGAAGUCAUUCUCUUCAAGCCCCUCACAAGAUACAAUUCUGCACCACUUUAUAGGUCUAUCACCUCCAGUGAUCGAGCACCUUCAGAAGACACUGGGGACCAGGUUGUGCCUGCUGAUGAAUGCUUGCGACGGGCUACGUCACUACUAAUAGCACAAAACCAGGGCCAGGGUGAUCCUUCGGCAUUCCAUUCUGACCUCACCAAUUUCAGGUGCAUCAAACCAGUGAAACAGCAGGAGCCUCCCCUAAAGGAUACAACAGACCACCUGCUUUCAGAAGCUCCUAACUCUCAUGGGACUCCGUCUCUCAGCACCUCCAUUUCUGCUGGGCCACCCUCACUCAAUGCUUGGGUUCUCAAUAGAGGUUUGAGCAAUGAAAGGGUGAAAGGUAAAGGUGACAUGAGUAGACAUAGCUUGGCACCUAUUCAGGAAAUGGCUUCAGCAUCCAUGAAUGAUCUCUCUAUCAGUGAAACUGACUCUGUAAUUAGUUCCACGCAUGAACAUUUGACCACACAUUACUCUUCUCCUCCUUAUUCAGCUCCAGUGCCGUCUGCCCCAUUUCUUCCUGAUGAUGCUGUGUGGCUUAAUGGCAUCCAAUCUACAUUCACUGACUACAAUAGCUCGGGAACUAUCAACAGAACUAAUUCUAAUUAUUUUGACACACCUCAAGUGAGUGGCUAUUCAAAUUGGACUGGUUCUCAUCAACCUCUUCAUCAGAGUCCUGGAAUUCAAGGCUUCAUGGAUGCAUACACACCAGUGCGUCGAAUGACUUCUUCUGAAUGGCUUCGUCAGUACAGGGAAAGUCAGAAUCCUGAGCUCACCACUAGUCACUUAUGGCCAGUACAUUCUUACACCAUUGGGAACACUGGAAACUUCCACGACAUAUCCAGGUCCAGUCUUUUUAAUCAGUGGGCAACUCCUGUGGCUUCUAAUCAAAUGGUUUAUGAAGGGAGCCUGCCAAUGCAUCCAGGUUUCCCUCCUGUUCAUGGAACUGAUGAUCAAAGGAACAAAUUCUUUUAUGGUUAUCAAAGACCGAGCCCUUAUGGAUGUGGUGGCGUGAAUGAGCCAGAACCACUCUUGCAGUAUCUCAAGGAGAAAGAAUGGCUGCUCCAGCAGGAUCCAACCUUCAGAGGUCCUACAUAUAUGGGAAGUUGAAAUUGUCAUGCGAGAUGGCUGAUAUGAGCAUUGCACAUAGCUGCAUGCCUUCAAUAUGGGAACUUCAUUCAGCCUGUAAUGAUCCAUAGGUGAUAACUGUUCAUUUCUUAGCUGUUAACAUGUAAUAUGUGUUAAAGUGUGUGCAUAUGUAACCAUUCUUACAGAAGAAAGAGCUCAAGAAACUCCGUAGAAAAAUUCUCAUCUGUAGGAUUAUAUGUAUGGGAACUUCAUUCAGCCUGUAAUGAUCCAUGGGUGAUAACUGUUCAUUUGUUAGUUGUUAACAUGUAAUGUUUGUUAAUGCGUGUGCAUAUGUAACCAUCCUUCCAGGAGAAAGAGCUCAGGAAACUCCGUAGAAAAAAUUCUGAUCUUUAGGAUUAUAUGUACAGUUCGUGAAAA